CCAAUGCAAUAUGGCGGCUUCUGACUGGUUGGUAACCCUCGUUGCAACUGCAUUAUUUUGCGGUGUGUUAUGUUUAUGUCUUCGUUUUAGACGCACAGGGCGACCCAUUUGGAAAAGCUUACUUAGUAAAAUAAUGGCACGCACAGAGAAACCACUGUUUAGAAUCGCGUAUACAUUGUACACUAGAACCAAACUUGGUUACAUGUACUACAAAAGGCAGAUGAGAAAAGCACGGGAGCAGUUUCCUACUGGACAUUCCAGAGCACAGCCCAUGGAAGUAAAUGGUAUUAAAAUAAUACCAAUUUCAGUGCUGUCUGAUAACUACAGCUACCUUGUUAUUGACACGGCCUCAAGUGUUGCAGUGGUCAUAGAUCCUGCAGACCCACAGACUGUCCAGGCAGUUCUUGAGGAAGAGGGGGUAAUAUUGGAAGCGAUCCUCUGCACACAUAAACACUGGGACCACAGUGGGGGUAACAAAGGACUUCAGAAACUCCACAGCUUGUGUCGUGUUUAUGGGAAUGCAACUGAUAACAUUCCAGGUCUAACACACCCGCUUUCAGACAAAGACUCGGUUGAUAUCGGCCGCAUGCACUUCAAGGCACUGUUCACCCCUGGACACACCGUGGGUCAUAUGAUCUACCUCCUCGAUGGUGGAGCCACAGGAGCCCCAUCCAGCUUAUUCUCAGGUGACCUUGUUUUCCUCUCUGGAUGCGGGAGGAUGUUUGAAGGCAGUGCUUCCACAAUGCUGUCAUCCCUAGACACAGUUGGCUCCUUAAGUGAUGAAACCCUCUUAUGGCGUGGCCACGAGUAUGCAGAGGAAAACCUGAUGUUUGCUGCGGAGGUGGAGCCCCGCAAUGCUGCCAGGGAAAACAAAUAUGAGUGGGUCCUGCAACAAAGGGGUCAAAAGCUGUGUACGAGUCCUUCCACCAUUGGGGAAGAGAAGGAGUACAACCCAUUCCUGCGCAUCCACUCCUCUGAGCUGCACCAAGCAAUGGGCCUCCAGCAGGACCCAGAUGAGGACUGGACACUGUUCCGGGCUCGUGUCUUAGAGGAGCUGCGAAGGAGAAAAGAUCUUUACAGGGGAAGAUAGUGGUGAGAAUAAAAGACAACUUAAUGCCUUUAGGUGAAUUAAGCCAAGCUUUCAUUAAUGUGCAAAACAAAGGCAGGUAACAUUUCCACUAGCAUUUCUUUAACAAGACAUGUUUUCUUUCCAUUCCAUGGUGUUUGCUCUGACCUCAGACCUGCCACCUCUAAUAAUGCAGGUGGCAAAUGUGAAAUAUAUUGCUUGAAAUUGGCACAAGGACACUAGUCAAAGUACCUCAAUGCUAAGUUGAUCUUGUCUAUGAUUCUAGAAAUGGUCAACAAAUUUAUUACUGUACUGCAAGUGACAAAAUGUAAUGCCAGUCUUUUCAGACAUUUGUGCCAGUUCUGGUACUCAAGCUAGACUGUUUUGAAAUGUUUUGAUUGCGCAUUCUUCUUCUUGCCUGAUUGAAUUAAUAUUGAACUAUAAAGGUGAAGCGAUGGGUACUGUUCAUAGUAAGCUGCUAUUAUAGUUUUUUGUGUUCAUGUCAUGCUGUGUAAUAGGAGUAAACAGAGAUUGUUAUUGGCAUUAUAUUUUUACAAUUAAAAUGGGUACAUGCAUGUUAACUCUGUUUUACUGGACCAUAUAGAUUGUCGAUGGGCACAUGUUAUCUUGUAUAUUAGCUGGAUACUAAAAUAUCACACACUGUAUGCUGUUUUAAUUAUUUAAGAAUUGACAUUUUAGGAUUUUUGGGGAAAAUAGCUGUAGAUUGUUGUUGGUAUGAGUAGAAAUUAAAGAAACACUAGUUUAUAAAAAUAUAUUUUUUAAUUGACUGCUGCCUUCUGAAGGGUUUAGCAUUUUAUAACUACUACUGUACAUUUCUGAAGGUUUUAACUGAAAAGUUAGAUAUCUUUUACACUAUGUAAGGAGGAAAUUAAAAGUUACCAAUGAUAUGUGUGAUUUUAUGAGAUUGAGAGCACUUGUUAUUUGAUGAAAGUGAUUGGGAAUUUAUUGCAAUAAAGCAUUAUUUAAAUGUUUUCUUUACUCAC